AUGCGUUUUGGGAACAAAUUACCGGUGCUGGAGGAUAUUGCUUUUCCAGUUGGAUUUGCUUGGGGUGCAGCUACAGCAGCAUAUCAAAUUGAAGAAGGUUGGAAUGCAGAUGGAAAGGGCCCUAAUGUCUGGGACAUAUUCACUCAUCAGGGAGGAGAUCGAGUUUUCAAGAACCAGACUGGUGAUGUAGCUUGUGGCAGAUACACUCUGUGGGAGGAAGAUUUGAAAUGUAUCAAACAGCUUGGAUUGACUCAUUAUUGCUUUUCUCUUUCCUGGUCACGUCUGUUACCUGAUGGGACGACAGGUUUCAUCAACCAGAAAGGAUGUAAAGUUGAGUGCACCUAA